UAUGUAUGUGUGGGUGUGUGGGUGGGUGUGUGUGCACAUGCGAACGUACUGGGGAGACAGACAGUGGCAGUAAUCCGUGUGGAUUGGGGGGAGGUUUGUCCUCAGACUGCCCUCCUGGGCAAUUACAUGCCAGCAGCUUCAUCUACUACCAGCUGGCAUGCAGGCUUUGGACCACCAAGAAGCCUCCUAUACAGCCCCCAGCUCGGUCACUGAAAAUUCCCAGCCACAUUCUCUGGCCUAUGUGCUGGCCCUAGGCCAAGCAAGCUGGCCUGGGGUAACUACUCUCUCCCUCAACACACACACACACACACACACACACACACACACACACACACACACUCCCCCUAGAUACCAUAACGCUAUCAGAACAAACUUCUUUCUCCAUAGGCUUAACUUUCCCCAACCUCCCUGCCUGCUGCUACUCUCUCUUCUGUCUGCUAACUUCCAAACUUCCUUUUCUCUUCCUUACCUUACACUUCCUUUUAAAGUGCAGACUCUAAGGGCGCCUGGGUGGCUCAGUCAGUUGAGCAUCUGACUUCAGCUCAGGUCAUGAUCUCAGGGUUCGUGAGUCUCAGCCCCACAUUGAGCUCUCUGCUGUCAGCACAGAGACUGCUUUGGAUCCUCUGUCUCCCUCUCUCUCUGCCCCUCCCCCCUCUCAAAAAUGAAUAAACAUUUAAAAAAAAAAAUAAAGUGCAGACUCUAUUACUGAUAAGUCUCUGGAAAAGAAGUAGUCUCCUGACACAGUAGAAGGGAUGGGCCCAGAACUCGACUCUGAUUCUUUUUUCAGCCUAAGGUGGAAACUUACAAAUGAAUUGAAUGGAUCCCUACACAAGGGCCCUGUGAUUGCAAUGCACACAUAGUGUUUUAGAUGCUACACAAGCACCUACAGUCUACAAGUCAGGAAAUGGAGGUAGAGUUACUUACUCUCUCUAUGUAAGAGGUAGAAGCCAGAGUUUAGUAUUUUGUGGGAGGAGAGGGGCGGCCAGUGAGGAGACAAAUAGGAGGCAAACUCCUUCUAUAAUGGCCUCUGGAAAUAGCCCAGAGAAAAGUUUACUUGAAAAGGUGCAGGGCCAGUUUUCAUGUUGCCCCUUUGACUUUAAGUAAAGAAAGGAAGGGAAAGAGUGGGCUGCAGGACUGGAAGGUGUGAACCCUGCUGGACCUUCUCUGUCUUUUCUCUGGGUUCUAGGGUUCUAGGAACACUUGGGCAGGGGGAGGGAACUUAGACUUGGGAGGUAUUUGUUCUCCAGUAUAUCCCCAGUUGAGUAUUCACCUACUUUUUGUCAUUAGGUCUGAGUUGGUUUAAUGGGAGAGAAUUCUGGAGAUACAGAGAAGUACAAAGGAAGGAAAGAACAGAGAGAAACAAGAAGAAAGGUGUGGAUAGGAAAAAGAAUGUACCAAGAAGGGGUGAGAUGUAGAAGAGGAAUGGGAGAUUCAGGCCAGGAGGGUCCCGGAAAGGAGAGUGGCCCCACUAUUUGUCAAACCUCCAAAUCAGGAUGACAGGGAUUAGGAAGCAGCCUCGCCCAUGGGCUGAAUUGCAGCCUCCUCUCAGGGAACCCUGAGCAAAUACGCCCUGAUCCCCACAUAAAGGGCCAAUUAACUGCGCCAUCUCUGGGAACAAAUCCGCUAACAGGGUGACAAGCCCCUAGACGCUGGCAGGCGCUGUGUUUGCUGAGAGGCCGACAGGGAGCAAAUCAGGGGAUUAGGAUGGGGCAGGAGCCACAUGGCAGGAUGCAGUUUCCUGUCUGCUGCAACUCUCCACGCCCCACAGCAGGGCCAGGUGCCAGGACCCCGGAUUUCUGUCCUGCCUUAGCCCUGGUGUGAUGGAACCUGGGUGACCCCAGUCAGCAGGAGGCAGAGCAGAGGGCCCCCAGCCAGAAAUCUGAAGCAUCAGAGCAGAGAAAGUAGUACAAUUUCUCCUUAACAGAUGAGGAAAUUGAAGUCCAGAGCGAUGGUGUCUUCUAAUUGGCAUAUAUGGGAUCGGAAAGCAUUUCUGGGCUGGUCAUUCCUGACGGGUUGAUUUCUGGUGAGGGAAACCUAUCCCUUAGAUUCUAUCUUACCUGAAUGCAGCCUGGCCCUGGGGUAAGGGGCAGGCGUCAUAUCCCAUCUUUUAGUAUACUGGUGCUUUAGAGAGAAUGUGUCGCUACCCCCUCUCUCAUCUACCCCAACUCAUUUCAGCCUCAUGGUCUGCUCGGAUUUAAGCCAUUUGUGGGGCGCCAGACCCCAAGUUCAGCACGGGCAGAGGAGGUGCUGAAAGAACAGCUCCCAGGGCGCUGCCUCCCACAAUUCUGUCUCCGCGCCCCAACCCCCACCACCCCCACCACCCCCACCACCCCCAGCACCUUUGCUUCCGGCUUUGCUAAAUUCAGGGCAAAGCUGACUCGAGAGGGUAGGAAGAUACCUAAACACCUGUUACUUUGUUAGUUUGAGGCCACAGGGGCCAGCGUGUGGAUUGAGGGUGGAGUUUUGGGACAAGCCUUUGACAAAGUCUCUGGUUCACUGGAGCGCUGCCUGCCCGAAUACUCCAACUCUUGAGUGUGCUUACUGUGGAGCUCUACGACCGUAUAGCAGACGCCUCUCUGGAUCUCGACCUGUUCACCUAGCCCCUCCCAGGUCAGAAGCAGCGACCCCACUAAGGUGAUCUCAUCAUACAGAAACUGAUGACUGAGCUAGAACUCCACCACUCAGCCAUCAACACGACCUUACCCCAGAUCGGAAGCCCCCGGUCUCUCUUCCCUUGACACCCCAAUGCUAUCUCCAGCCUAGGAAAGUGAGCGAGUGAGUGUGUGUGUACACGCGCGAGUGGACGGGUGGGUGGGCGGUGGGGGACUAGAUCUUCAGGUAAAAAGAACUGCAGAAAAUUCAGAAGCAGUCUGGACGGAGGAGAGGGGAUCAUGGUUUCUCCCCACGGCUCCCCGUGGGAAAGACCGUUAUCAGGAUGUGCACGAGUUUUGCAUCAAACCCUCCUCUUUUCUUGAACUUGCCUUUACAGAAACAAUGUUGCUCUCUUUGUCUUCGUCCUGGACUAUCUGAUUCAUUCAGUCUCCUCAAGAAGGUAAAACAAUUUAAUAGACAAUGUCAGAGCACAGUAAUGCAAAAGUAUGCAAAUCGAUGCCAGAGGUAUGCAUAUAGCUGUUAAAUGCCUGGGAGCCUGGGGCUCCGCCCCCCCCCUCCGGUUUUAUCCUUGUUCUUAGCCUCCUGCAAGAACUAGUAGAUUAGAGCGUCUGAAGCAGGACUCCGGUUCAAGAUUCGGCACCUUGUCCCCUGGCCUCUCGGCUGCCAAACGGGCGGCCGCGGGGUAAAGGGGUGGACGUGCCAUGCAGUUAUUCCCCACCCACUCCCAACUUCCGCUCCAAACCACCCCAGCCUCCAGCACUGCGCCGCUAAGACCCCGGACUUGGGAGGAAAUGAAAGCCAGGGCUUUGACAGCCAGGGGAGUGUUCUUGCUCUUUUGCCUAAGGGCCGUUAAAAGAGAGAUGGGAUUCUUGUUUUAAAGUCAGUCAUAAGGGCAGAGUCCGACAGAGCCUCGCCCCUCAUCUUGGCUGCUUUGAGAAAGGAGGGAAACUCUCCUGCGGUGUCCAGAACCCGACCCAGGACGCGGGGCGCGGGGCGGGGACUCCAACUCGCGCGCUACGCAACUCUAGUCUCUGGCCCUGCUAGUGGCCAUCCGGGUGGGGAUGGGAGGGUGGAAGGAGGCGGAUUAAUCCCUUAAUUACGCCGUGAUCGGCGUGGCACCUGCUUUCCGCCCGCCCAGCUCCCGGGGGACCCCGGCACUGGGGGGUGGAGAGAAGGACGAGGGAAGGAGGAGGGCACGCGGAGGCACGCACCGUACCCAGGCGCGCCGGCAGGAGAGCGGCACCGUGGCUGGGGCAGUGCGCAGAGGCUGUGGAGGGGCUUUCGGCUCCCGGCCCGCGGGUCUCAGACCCAGGGGCUGGGCCCCGAGCCCCCCGCCCCGGUCCCAGUUGGGUCGCGCCAUGCUGCGCUACCUGCUCAAAACACUGCUGCAGAUGAACUUGUUCGCGGACUCCCUGGCGGGGGACAUUUCCAACUCCAGUGACCUGCUCUUCGGCUUCAACUCCUCGGUAGCGGCGCUCAACCACAGCCUGCUGCCCCCCGGCGAUCCCUCUUUCAACGCGUCAAGGGUCGAGCCGGAGGACGCGAUGCCGCGCAUCGUGGAGCAGCCGCCUGAUCUGUUGGUCUCCAGAGGCGAGCCGGCCACUCUGCCCUGUCGCGCGGAGGGCCGGCCCAGGCCCAACAUCGAGUGGUACAAGAAUGGGGCGCGAGUGGCCACUGCGCGCGAGGACCCGCGCGCGCACCGCCUGCUGCUGCCCAGCGGGGCACUCUUCUUCCCGCGCAUCGUUCACGGGCGCCGCGCGCGGCCCGACGAAGGUGUCUACACUUGCGUGGCGCGCAACUACCUGGGGGCAGCGGCUAGUAGAAAUGCCUCGCUAGAAGUGGCAGUCCUCCGUGAUGAUUUCCGGCAGUCUCCUGGGAACGUGGUGGUGGCAGUGGGGGAGCCAGCGGUAAUGGAAUGCGUGCCCCCCCGUGGCCACCCGGAGCCUUCCGUGUCUUGGAAGAAGGACAGUGCAAGACUCAAGGAGGAGGAGGGAAGGAUCACGAUUCGUGGAGGGAAGCUGAUGAUGUCACAUACACUCAAGAGUGAUGCAGGGAUGUAUGUGUGUGUGGCCUCCAACAUGGCAGGAGAACGGGAGAGUGGGGCAGCCGAACUUGUGGUCCUGGAGCGACCCUCAUUCCUGCGUAGACCUGUGAAUCAGGUGGUCCUGGCAGAUGCCCCCGUGGAUUUCCCAUGUGAGGUGCAAGGAGAUCCACCACCUCGUCUAAGAUGGCGCAAGGAAGAUGGGGAACUACCCACAGGCAGGUAUGAGAUCCGGAGUGACCACAGCCUUUGGAUCGGGCGUGUGAGUGCGGACGAUGAGGGGACGUACACCUGUGUGGCUGAGAACAGCGUGGGCCGUGCCGAAGCAUCUGGCUCCCUCAGUGUUCACGUCCCUCCCCAGCUGGUCACCCAGCCCCAGGACCAGAUGGCAGCUCCUGGAGAGAGCGUGGCUUUCCAAUGCGAGACCAAAGGAAACCCCCCACCUGCCAUCUUCUGGCAGAAGGAGGGAAGUCAAGUCCUGCUUUUCCCCAGUCAGCCACUUCAGCCCAAGGGGCGCUUCUCAGUCUCUCCCAGAGGCCAGCUCAACAUUACUGAUGUGCAGAGUGGGGACGCUGGCUACUAUGUGUGUCAGGCUGUUAGUGUGGCCGGCAGCAUCCUGGCCAAGGCCCUAUUGGAGGUAAAAGCAGCCUCCUCCUUGGACGGGCUGCCUCCCAUCAUCCUCCAGGGACCAGCCAAUCAGACGCUGGCACUUGGCUCCUCUGUGUGGCUGCCAUGCAGAGUGACUGGGAACCCUCAACCUAGCAUCCAGUGGAAGAAGGACGGGCAGUGGUUGCAGGGGGACGACGUGCAACUCAAUCUAAUGGCCAACGGUACCCUGUACAUCGCCAGGGUGCAGGAGAUGGACAUGGGUUUCUACAGCUGUGUGGCCAAGAGUUCCACAGGGGAGGCCACAUGGAGUAGCUGGCUUAGGAGGCGGGAUUAUCGCCUCACUGCAGAGGACUGGGGAGUUUCAUCAGAGCCCCCUACGGAGCCCAGUACCCCUCCAGGGCCUCCCUCUCAGCCACUGGUCACUGAGAUCACCAAGAACAGCAUUACCCUGACCUGGAAGCCCAACCCGCAGGCGGGGGCCACAGUCACCUCUUACGUGAUAGAGGCCUUCAGCCAAGCAGCUGGCAACACGUGGCGGACAGUGGCAGAUGGCGUGCAGCUGGAGACACACACUGUCAGCGGUCUGCAGCCCAACACCAUCUAUCUGUUCCUGGUACGAGCUGUGGGAGCCUGGGGCCUCAGUGAGCCCAGCCCCGUCUCUGAGCCUGUCCGCACCCGGGACAGCAACCCAUCCAGGCCAGUGGAGGACCCAUGGAGAGGCCAGAGGGGACUGGCUGAAGUGGCCGUGCGUAUGCAGGAGCCCAUAGUCCUUGGGCCCCGGACCUUGCAGGUGUCCUGGACUGUAGAUGGCCCAGUCCAGCUGGUGCAAGGUUUCCGAGUGUCUUGGAAGGUAGCAGGCCCUGAUGGGGGACACUGGACAGUACUGGACCUACAGUCCCCAAGCCAGCAAAGUACUGUGCUAAGUGGACUCCCCCCAGGGACCCAAAUUCAGAUCAAGGUGCAAGCCCAAGGCCAAGAGGGGCUGGGGCCUGAAAGUCCCUUCAUGACCAGAAGCAUUCCUGAGGAGGCCCCCAGUGGUCCCCCCCAGGGAGUGACAGUAGCCCUGGGGGGUGAAGGCAACAGCAGUGUCACAGUGUCCUGGGAACCUCCACUCCCUUCCCAGCAAAAUGGGAUCAUCAAGGAAUACCAGAUAUGGUGCCUGGGCAAUGAGAGUCGCUUCCACCUCAACCGGUCUGCGGCAGGCUGGGCACGCUCCGCGGUGCUCCGGGGACUGCUGCCCGGUGUUCUCUACCGGACCCAGGUCGCGGCGGCCACCAGCGUGGGCGUGGGCGUGGCCAGUGCCCCGGUGUCAGUGCAACUGCCUUCCCCGCCGGGAUUGGAGCCUGGGCUUGAGGUGGGCCCGGGGCUGGCGGAGCGGCUGGCGAGGGUGCUGCGGGAGCCUGCCUUCCUCGCGGGCAGCGGCGCCGCGUGCGGGGCGCUGCUCCUCGGGCUCUGCGGCGUCCUCUACCGGCGCCGGAGGCAGCGCAAGGAGCUCAGUCACUACACGGCUUCCUUUGCCUACACACCUGCAGGUAAGAUAUCUCUGCUCCAGUGGGGUUCAGACCCCAAGUACGGGCCCUUCUCUCACUCAGUGUCCCCCUCAUCUUCCCCAGUGUCCUUCCCACACUCAGAGGGCCUCUCUGGAGCCAGUUCCAGGCCACCCAUGGGCCUUGGCCCCGCCCCCUACCCAUGGCUAGCAGACUCGUGGCCCCACCCAUCAUCUCGAAGCCCCUCAGCCCCGGAGCCCAGGGGAAGCUGCUGCCCCAGCAAUCCUGACCCAGAUGACAGAUAUUACAAUGAAGCAGGAAUCUCCCUGUACCUGGCUCAGACGGCCCGGGGUCCUGCCGCCCCGACUGAGGGUCCUGUCUACAGCACCAUUGACCCAGCUGGGGAGGAGCUGCAGACCUUCCACGGGGGAUUCCCCCCAAAUCCCUCAGGGGAUCCAGGCACCUGGAGCCAGUACGCUCCUCCAGAAUGGAGCCAGGGGAACAGUGGAGCCAGGGGAGGCAAAGCAAAGCUUCUGGGAAAACCUGUGCAGAUGCCCUCUCUCAACUGGCCAGAAGCCCUGCCACCACCUCCCCCUUCCUGUGAACUGAGCUGCCUCGAGGGGCCUGAGGAGGAGCUGGAGGGCGGCUCAGAGCCAGAAGAGUGGUGUCCACCAAUGCCUGAGAGGAGCCACCUGGCAGAGCCCAGCUCCAGUGGAGGGUGCUUGGUCCCUCCGUCCCAAGGGGAAGCCCCCUCUCCCACAUCUUCCUAUGGACAGCAGUCCACAGCCACUCUUACCCCCUCACCUCCUGACCCUCCCCAGCCCCCCACUGACAUCCCCCAUCUCCACCAGAUGCCCAGGAGGGUGCCCCUUGGUCCAAGUUCCCCUCUCAGUGUAUCCCAGCCCACUCUGAGUAGCCAUGAAGGGAGGCCUGCUGGCCUGGGUGCUGGACCCACAGCCUCCCAUCACCUCAGCCCCAGCCCUGUCCCUAGUACAGCCAGCAGUGCCCCAGGGAGAACCCGGCAGGUCCCUGGGGAGAUGACUCCUCCACUUCAAGCACCCCGUGCCCGAAUCCGGAAACCCAAGGCUGUUCCCUACCGACGGGAGCACAGUCCUGGGGGUGAGGGUGCCAGGGGCCUGAGAGAUGGUGAAAGGAGGGGGAACAGUCAGGAAACCAAGGACUUGCCCCCGCCGCCCUUGCCGCCACCAGAGGAAGAGGCAAGCUGGGCCGUAGGGCUGAGGGCAGCAGGCAGCAUGUCCUCCUUGGAACGGGAACGGGAACGCAGUGGAGAGAGGAGAAUGGUGCAGGCCGGGCCCUUGGGGGCCCAGCGGGGUCCCCACCUGGAUGAAGAGGCCUGGCUCCCUUACAGCCGACCCAGCUUCCUGUCCCGGGGCCAGGGCACCAGCACCUGUUCCACAGCUGGCAGCAACUCCUCCAGAGGCUCCAGCAGCUCCCGAGGCUCCCGGGGCCCUGGACGGAGCCGGAGCCGGAGCCGGAGCCAAAGACCAGGACGGAAACGCGGAGAGGUGGGGGCUGGGGAACCAAGAUGACCCUGGAUGAAGAUAUCAGGAGUUCCACGGGGAAGGGCUUGUCCCUGGGCCGGGAACCUUGGAUGGGAGCCCCUCCCCCUGGUAAAUAGGUGUGAGCAGAGAGGAGCAGGGGGGGGCCCUCUUCCCUCCCAGCAAUGAUGCUUAAAAGCCAGAGAGCCAGCUCUUCCUACCUGAAACUUUCCACCUCUUUCUACCUGAAACUCAUGUGUAAAAGGGACAAAUAAAAAGAGUCUGUUCAGA